AUUAAUUUGAAUUCAGUUUUACCAUUAAAAUCAAACACAUGUUUUGAAAAUAAAACAAAAUUUUUUAAAAAAUAAUUUUAUUCAAUUAAAAGUGGUUAAUUAUAGUAUAUUAAACGAUGGUCGUAUUCACAUGCAAUCACUGCGGUGAAAGCCUUAAAAAACAAGUCGUAGACAAGCAUAAAUUUCGCUGUAGAAAGGAUAUUUCUGUUUCUUGCAUGGAUUGUUUUAAAGAUUUUUAUGGUGAUGAAUAUAAUGUCCAUAAUACAUGUAUUACUGAGGCACAGAGGUAUUCAGGCAAAGAUUAUGUACCGAAAGCUAAUCAAAAUAAAGGACAGAAGAAACAGGAAGCUUGGGUUGACGUGAUUAGGUCGAUUGGUGAAAAGAAUGCAAAUCUCUCACAAGGUGUCACAAAUGUCCUGCAGACAAUAUCAUCUUAUGACAAUAUUCCUCGUAAAAAAGCAAAGUUCUUAAAUUUUAUGAAGAAUUCCUUUAAAUAUUUUAAAUACAAUGAAUUGGAGGAAGCUUGGGAUCUGCUGAAAGUUGCUUUAAAGGAAAACAAGCCUGAGCCAAAGCCACAGAAUGGAACUACAAAUGGCAAUGCGAAUAAACGCAAAAUUGAGGAUGAAGUGCAGCCUGAAGAAAAUGGAACUAAAGCAAAGAAGAAAAAGGUCGACGAUGAAGUUAAAGCUGAAAAUGGUAAUACACAGGAGGAAACAGCUGAGAAAUUUAAUUGGACUGAAGUUAUACGAAGCAUACUCGUCAAUAAAAAUAACGAAAUCAAGCUGUCAAAAUUGAAGAAGAAAGUUCUUAAUCGAUACAAGAAAUUUUCCGGAAGUGAAAUUAGCGAAAAGCUAGAAAGUAAAUUUAGUAAGAAGUUGAAGAAAUCAAAAGGAUUCGUUGUAGACAAUGAAAAAGUUAAAUUAAUUGAAUAAAGUAAUGAUGAAUUUUAUAUUAAAAUUUAA